AUGACUCAGAAAAUUUCCCUUUUAUUUGUGUUACUGCUUUUGCUAAUAAGGAAUGAAGCAAAAAUAACAGAAAAUGAGAAAUUAUAUAUGAACAAGAAGGGGUUGUUAUUACCUCCGUACUAUCAGCGGAGGUCUGGAAAAAGUGGAAGAAGGAGACCCUAUUACUUUUUCAUGGGAAAAAAUAAAGAGGUUAAAAUUGAUUCAAAAAAUAUGAAGAAAUAUGUACUUACAAAUAUUCACAAUUUAGAAAAUGAAAAAUGGUGUAACUUUACUGAACAAUUAAGAAAUGUAAAAAAUAGGAUAUUCAAUUUUUUCAAAAGAGAUAAAAAUGUUAUCGAUAGGUUAAGAGAUUUAAAUGAAAAAGAAAGUCUUUGGUUUGUAACUGGAUAUGCAAAAAAUAUGUUCACUGAUAAUUCUUUUUAUCACAUUAUCGGUUUUGAGCACAUAAAAGAAAUGGAUUUUAACAAAAUAGAUCUAGUAAAUACGAUGCCAGCACUGGAGAAUUUACUAAGCACGUGUGGCAAAAAAGGAAACUUGCAAAAUGGAGAUUAUAUGAUAGGGGCUUCCUAUAGGGUAAGAAAGCAUGUAGUUUUUUAUAAAAAUAACAAUUUUUGUUUUAAUGAGGUGUCCAAAUAUUAUCAGACCACUCCCACUUCAGGGGCCACUUUCACUCGUGAUACCCCUUCGACUAACACAGCAGACGAGAAUAACAAGAAGAGGAUUCAUCACAUGAACAAAAAUUACAUACUUUGCUCGUACACAUACUACCUGCUUUAUAUAUACAGUAAAAAAGACCUAAAAUUUUACAUAUGUACAUAUGAUAUGAACAAUGAGUGCUCUGUUUACGAAAUGAAGACAUUAGACAAGGAAGAUUUGCACCAUUUUCUGAAUAAUUACAUAUCAGGAAAAAAAGACUUAAAAAAUAUAAAUGUGUUUUCUUUAAUUAAGAAAAAUAAAGUUAAGAGACAUGCCCCUGAAGAUAUUAGCUGCUCAGAACUUUUAAAUGUGAUAAAUUACACAAAUAAGUUUAGUUCCUAUUUGAAAAGGCUAUUCAAUUUAUGUCACAAUUCAGACAUGCUAUUAGAAAAUAGAAUAAGCCCAAAAUGUGAACAAGGAAAUAUUACUUUCAUUUUUGGAAAUACCAAUUUUUUACUUAAAAAUAAAACGUAUUUGGAAUGUGUGAAAGAUUUUUUUUUUAAAAAUGAUCAAGAGAAAAAUAUGUUUGAUCAUAUUUUUAAAAAUAACAAAGGGUACAAAUUUUAUGUCCAAAAAGGUGUAACAGAUAAAUCUUCUUACGUUUUGAGAUGUACUAAAAUUACCAAAAAAAAAUUAGAAAUGUUACACAAAAAAUUGCUUACAAAUUACGAGCACAAAAAUUUUAAUGAAAAGAAAGGAGACUCUUUUUUUGAUUAUACGAAAAUUUUAUUUGAUAAAUGUGCAAAUUAUUUAUCAAGCAAUGCAAAAAAAAAUAUAUUCAAUGAAGAAAAUUAUACGCAUAGAAGCGUUUGCAUAAAUAUCAGCUCAAACAAUCGUUUCGGAGACGCAGAAAACAUUUCAUCCGAUAUUCCUGACGAAACUUUAUUAUUUACUUUGACGAAGAACUUCUUGAACAGUUUAAUUUCCUACUUGCAUGUGUAA